AGAGAGGGAGAGAGCGAGCGAGAGGCUGUGCUCACUGACUCAGUCAUACUGAACUGCAGGGGCAGAGGAGCGGAGGCGACGCGCCGUGUCCGGCUGCAGCGAUCUCUACUCGCAGCGAAAAAUACGGAUUUAAAGUUGGCGGAUUGUGUAUUCGACUCCUGAAUUUGACGUGGGACAAGUUCGGCUCCCCCGUGGGAUAGUUUUGCUGCAACUUGCGCGCUUUUGCCUGUGUUACACUUGAGUUUCCCGUACGCGUCUGUCUGUGGAUAUGGACAGAAGAGAGCCCGCUGCAGGGGAAGAAGACGCGCCGGUGGAAACCUUCGUCUGAGCGGGGAUUUGAUGAAGCCCUAUCGGCCUUCUUGCGCUUGUUUUCACAGACUUGGAUUUCGAGACGCGGAACCAGGACCUUUGAGUCGUAUUUCUCGCCAGACGCUCGGUUUCAACGACAACGCCGUGCGCGAAACAUGGAAACAGUAGCGCGACAGAGUUUCCAGCCUCACCCGGGACUGCAACAAACUCUCAAACAGUUUCACCUGAGCUCCAUGAGCUCUCUCGGCGGACCGGCCGCGUUCUCGGCCAGAUGGCAGCACGACCUGCUCUUCAAGAAGGACGGCAAAGACGUCCCGGAGCCCGUGCUGCACCUCCCCCCCAUGCAGCCUCCUCCGGUGAUGCCCGGGCCGCUCUUCAUCCCGUCGGACCGCUCCACCGAGAGGUGCGAGACGGUCCUGGAGGGCGAGACUAUCUCGUGCUUCGUGGUGGGCGGCGAGAAGCGUCUGUGCCUGCCGCAGAUCCUCAACACGGUGCUGCGGGAUUUCUCGCUCCAGCAGAUCAACUCGGUGUGCGACGACCUGCACAUCUACUGCUCGCGCUGCACCGCCGACCAGCUGGAGAUCCUGAAGGUGAUGGGCAUCCUGCCGUUCUCCGCGCCGUCCUGCGGACUCAUCACCAAGACGGACGCGGAGCGCCUGUGCAACGCGCUCAUCUACGGGGGGACGUACCCACCGCACUCCAAGAAGGAGCUGUACGGCUCCAUCGAGCUGGAGCUCACCGAGAAGAGCUUCAAGAUCUAUCACGAGUGCUUCGGGAAGUGUAAGGGUCUGCUGGUCCCGGAGCUCUACACGAGUCCUAACGCGCCCUGCAUCCAGUGCAUGGACUGCAGGCUCAUGUACCCGACCCAGAAAUUUGUGGUGCACAGUCACAAAUCGCUGGAGAACAGGACUUGCCAUUGGGGCUUUGACUCGGCCAACUGGAGGGCGUAUGUCCUCCUGAGCCCGGAUUACACGGGGAAAGAGGAGAAAGCGCGUCUGGAGCAGCUCCUCGAUGACAUUAAGGAGAAAUUUGACUUCGCCAAUAAAUACAAGCGGAAAGCAUCACGGGCGUCUGAUCCCAUUCCUGCCAAGAAGUCCAAACACGAUGACUUUCCAGCACAGUCGCCCUCAGGAGACAAAGACAAGCAACCCGAUUGGCUACGAUCCCUCUCUGCAUCAGCCAAUAAGGGGCUCAACUGCAUUCAGCCCAGACAGAGACCAUCUGCCUUCCGGCCAUGGUCUCCAAACAUCUCUGUUGGUGAUAAGGAGGGAGGUGGCAGGACUGCUAGCAUGUUACGUGACAGCUUCUACAACUACAAGAGCCUGGAGAGCGCCGUGGCCCCCAACGUAGCUCUGACCCCCCUCCAGAAAGGAGGGCAAGCCUCUCCUACCACCCCGAGCAGUUCACACCCACAUGGGGCGGAAAGCGAAGGCAACAAUCGAGGGAGGAAGAGGAGGCUGACGGGUGAGACCCACCCCAGCCCACAACCCUGCCCUUCGGCCACUGCCAGCAAGCCACUUCCGCCCUCUCAGGAGGAGAGGGACUCGGACGUGGAGGUGGAAGUGGAGAGCCGUGAGGAAUUCACCUCAUCGCUUUCCUCACUCUCCUCCCCAUCUUUUACAUCCUCGAGCUCUGCCAAGGACUUGAGCUCUCCCUCUGGCCCUGGAGCCAUCUUACCAGCAGUUCUGACACCAGCCAGCGGGCCCCCUGAGGGCCCCCUGGUGUCUGGAGGGGAGGGACAUGCCAUGACAAACCUGGAGUCGGAGCUGGAGACGCUGAGACAGGCACUUGACAACGGCUUGGAUUCAAAAGAGUCGAAGGAAAAGUUUCUACAUGAGAUAGUGAAGAUGAGGGUAAAACAGGAAGAGAAGCUGGGAUCCGCUUUACAGGCCAAACGGAGCCUCCAGCAGGAGCUUGAGUUUCUCCGUGUCGCUAAGAAGGAGAAGCUCCGUGAAGCAACCGAGGCAAAGAGGAACCUGCGCAAGGAAAUUGAGCGUCUGCGUGCUGAAAGCGAGAGGAAAAUGAGAGAAGCCAAUGAGUCACGUAUACGGCUGAAGAGAGAGCUUGAGCAGGCCAGACAGCUACGAGUGUGUGACAAGGGCUGUGAGGCCGGCCGUCUGCGAGCCAAGUACUCUGCACAGAUUGAAGAUCUGCAAGUAAAGUUGCAGCACGCCGAGGCAGACCGAGAGCAGCUGAGAGCCGAUCUGAUGCAGGAGAGGGAGGCAAGGGAGCACCUGGAGAGAGUGGUCAAGGAGCUACAGGAACAGCUGUGGCCCAAAAGCCCCAGCAAGAACGGCACAGACGCACCACCACCAUCCGCCAAAGACUCCAACUAAUCCUCUAUCUCUUGACUCCACCCAAAUCCACAUCAACACCGCCCUGAUUGACAGCACCAACCGCCCAAUCAUGUCAGCUAGCAUGCGGGCGAGCCCCGCCCACUUGCCUCUUAGCCAGCGCAAACCCGGAAGUAUCCUGAACGUUUUUUGAUGGACUUCAGACACAGUUUUACUUCGAGAGCACUGAAAUGCACCUCGCCUCCAACAAGACGUAAAAAAAAAAAAGUUCAAUCGGAAAGGAAGAAGCCAAUAGCACAAAAGCUAACUGUGCCUGAAACUGAAUACAUUUUGAAAUGAAGACUUUUCUAUGACAAACAAAUUGGUGAUAAUGAUAAAAAAAAUUUUACACAGCAAUUUUUAAGCAUGCUGUCGGCCCCACGUUGUUAUCAAAGAGACACGGACUCAACAUCUUCAUCAUCAUCCCAUCAGAAAUUCCUGUUUCCUUUUUCCUCUCUCUUUCAUUUCGAGGAACUAAGAUGAAAAUCAUUUUGUAAUAAGCUAUUUAAGAGACUUGUUAGCGAGCGUGGAUGAGAUAAAAAAGAAAAGCGACUUGUCAGAGCCUCAAAUUUCCCCCUUUUACAUGUACACACAUGUCAUGCUGUUUAAAAGAAGCCAUGGAGACAAAUGGUUACACACACUUGUAUCUUUAACAAUGGUAAAGAGAUACUGGUCAGGAGAUUGUUGAAGGGCUUUGGAGAGCUAGAGGUGGAGAAGUUCAGCCCUGUAAAAAGGGAGAGAGAUUUGUAUUCAAGUAAGUGUUAUGAUCAAGCCAGAGCACUUUCUUUUAAUGGCAAACAAACGCUCCCCUCACAAGCUGUCGUGUGAUAUCGAGGGUCAAAACCCGUCGGCGGAUCUUGAGAUCGUGGUCAGUGUGGAAUCGGAGGUUUGCGGCUCCUGCUCUCCGUGAGGGUUCGGGUUUUCUUCUCGUCACAUGCGUACAACUUCUCCGUGGGCUGAGGUGCUGACAGCUGGCCCGGCUCACAAAUGUGGGCGGCCAUUUUUGGGAAUAAACUAAAAGCAUCAAAAAAAAAUACAGCUUCUAGGGCAGGAGGUGUCAUGUGAUCAAGAACCACAAAUUGUUCUUUUUAAGUAAAUUAUAAUAUGUAAAUAUGAAAAUGUUUCUUUUUUUUUCUUUUCGCUUUGUUUUUUUUUUUUUUUUUUUUUACUUUACAAUAAUGAAUCGCACUUUGUCAUUACAAAAUACUGUCUAAAUGCAUUACGCUCCCACACUCUCCCACACAUUUAUCUCAGAGAGUUUUUAGUAUUCCUCAGUAUAAAAUUGAAAUAAACAUUUUGUUAAUUAUAUGCAGUUCUAAUAAAUGCAAUGUAAUCAUGUGUUUAAGACAAACUAUUGUAAAUAAAACCGCAAGAAUAAAAAAAGAAAGGUUCCACAUGCUUGCUUGCUGAAAUGUGGACGGCGCACGCAGCCGUUCACUCAAUCUGACUUUAAUUCAACAUUUAUCAUAGUUAUCGAUAUAUAAUCGUUGCUAAAGUGUUAUUGUUACUGUCCUGGAUUCCUACAGGUUUUGAACGGUUUCCGAAUCAAAUUUAAAACCGUUCAGAAUGAAUAGGACACACAAAUUGUCAUGCAUUGGUAAAAGGGAGUCUAAAUAUCAAUGCAGGUGCUCCUCUCGGCUGUGAGCAAGAGCGUAUUACUGUGUACAAAACGAGACGAGGAUGGGUAAACGAACGAACGGAAGCCUAGAUGGUUUAAUAAAUGCAUCUUUAAAUGCUCACACACUUAGCUGAGAUAGAUUUUGUUGAAAAUACAUAUAUUUUAUAAGUGAUUUAUAUACAUUGGGUACAAUGCAAUCAGAAUGUAUGUUACGUUUUGGCUCUUUUCAUUUUGUUGUUGUUGUUGUUGUUAUAACGGAUGUUUUUUCAGAUUGUGUGAAUAUUUUAUUGCUUAUGUUCCUUCUUUCAAUAGCAAGCUUAUGUAAUUUCUUUCAUAUGCAUGGAAUUUAAAAGAAAAAAAAGAUAAAGUCUGCCAUUCGUAUAUUCAUUAUUGGGCAUUAAAACUGUAUAUGUACGUUUUUUAUUGUGUUAUGCAAUAUAAAGCAAUUUUAAUCUUGUUUUUAACUACAAAGGAAAACAAAACCCUCUUAACAAUAAAUUUCAGCUCUUAACAAUCUUAAACGCAACAUUAACGGCAUUACUCUUGGGCUAAAUACAAACCUUAUGUGCAUAUGCAAUGCUGGAGACCCUCAAGUGCCUGUCUUUGGGCCCUUGGGGUUCCAGAAGAGGAACAAUUAUCGAGCCCGUUUCCAUGGUGACCGACUGUAAGGCGCAUUGAACUGCUUCAGACAGCGGUCGGAUGGUGAGAGCGGGACAUCCCAUUUGCACUGUCAUUUGGGGGAGCCUCUUCGGCUCGCCCCAUUUUGCCAGAACGAACUUGACUAUCAUUGCUUAAGAGCAAGCCGCAGCUUAUUUGAUAGGUUUUAAUGCCAUUUUGUCAGUAUUCCUUUGAUUUUUUUUUCUUCUUCGAGAAUCAAUGAAUAAUUAAAUAAAAGAAAAAUGCAUAGCAGAGUUUAAUGCUCCAAUUGCCACUGGUAAAGAAGAAUUUAAAUCUUAUACUAAGACAGCUUUUAAAUGUAUGCCGGAAUAAAUAAACUCUUUUCUUUCUCUGUUUUUAAGGAAUUAAAAAAAAAUAUAUUCAAGAGGUUACUUUUGCUAUAGAUGUAAAAAGAGCCUUUGAAACGAUAUGAUACAUUGCCCUGUCCUGUACAUUGCAGGAAGAUACUAAACGGGGGUCUAAAGGAAGCUCAGUGUCUUAACAGUAGCAAGAGGCUGUGCGUUUUUACAGACCAAAAAAAAAGAUAAAAAUGAAAAAAAAAACUUUCCGAUGAGGUUUUGUAGUUGUUUUUACAUGCAAAUUGAUAUGUGUAGUUUACUUUGUUCGCGGUUUUCUAUGAAAAAGGGAGAAAUUGAUCACAGAGGCUCCUUUGCUCCCAGUAUAAUACUAAAAAUGUGGAUUUUUUUCUAAAAGAGCCAUUUUUUGCUAACACAAAAAAAGAUCUAAAAUAGCAAUAACGACAUAACAUCACUGAUAAAUGAGCAGGAUUAGCCAGUCUGACGACGAAAGUACAAAUUCACCAAUGUAUAUAGCUGUUUUCUUUUCAUUUUACAAAAAAUUGUAUCAUAAAUGUAUAUUGUGUUUCUUUCUCUUUUUUUCAGAAUGAGAAAAAAAAACCUUACAUAAUAGUUGUUAUAUUUUAUGUUGUGUUUUUAAAAACAAAAAGAAAGAAAAUGUUUUAAAAAACUAUUAUUUCAAAGGUUGUAUUCCCAAUGCAAGCAUAUUCAGUCCUUUAUCCUGCUUUUUUCCCUUUUUUGUGCUACAAAGAAUAAUAGUAAUGUUCAGUAAAAUCGUUAUGGUAAAUGCCUUUUUUUCUGUUAUCAAUGUUUUGUUACGUUCAGCUAAAUAUCAGAUACAUUGGAUUCUGGUUGAAUCAGACAUUCAGAUUCUUAUUUUAACAAUCUGUUCUCCUUUUUUUCAUGCCGAUAUAUCUUCUUAGCCCUUCACUGCUGCUAUAACAAUAUACUAUAAACUUUGCAACUCUUGAAAUUAUUUUUAUGUAAGAGAUUAAUGUAUGCUUUCUUCUUCUACUGAUGCCGCUUAUACACUUGGAUCUGGCCAAUUUUUCCCUCUUAGACGUCCCCCUUUCCCUUCACAUGGACUAUAAUGUAAGAUAGAGAGCUCUAUGAGAUUAGAGUUGAAAGUAGUUCGGCUUAUAUACUGCAGUGUCAGGAUGUACAGUGUAUAGACCCAUAAUCAAAAAUAAAGUUGUUUGUCCAGAAA